AUGCUGCGUGUAAUACAACAGCUGCAAGAAGAAAGCGAUACUCAAAGUGGACUUAUAUUGGACCGGUUCCUCCAAAUUCGAAAAUUGGAAUCCAAGUUGGUGGAAAUUCAGUCUCUCAAUAUAUCGCUGAUGCGAUCCUCCGCAGCUAGUCGAAUUAAUCCCAAUGCUGCCAAUGCUUCGAGCCCAGUGAACGAUGCAGCCAACGAACUUGUCGAACCUCGCCAGCUCGAUGCCAAUCUUUUGGAAUUGUCAUUGAUCAGUCAAAGAGGCGCUCUCUUCCAAAGCUUUUUGCACGAACGCGCCAAUGAUGAUCUCAACAAUAUAGAUGAAGAUGGAACUGCACGUCGAAUCAUGAUGAAUGGCAAAGACAAACGUUAUUAUGGAGACAAUGGCUUGUUGCUAACUUCAGGCUUACGGAAACGUGUGCGUGAAUUGCUCAACUCUUAUCUCGUCAUCGACGCUUUUCUGAUGAAACGGAAUAUAGACAAGGCCAUGACCAUGGACGAAUAUGAUCCAUCCAUUGCGCCAACAUCGACUUGCGUAGACGAUGUAUUCUUCAUUUUGAAAAAAGUCAUCAAGCGUAGCAUCUCCACCUACGAACCUGAAGUGAUUACGUCGACGGUGCAAACUGUGCUGAAAACGCUGGACAACCUGUAUAUACAGACGUUCCAACAAAAGAUGUCCAUGGCGUUCGCGGGCCAAGAAUUGACAGGACGCAGCGCCGAUCGGUCACUCGACCAAGCCAAGAUCAGCUAUAUGAUUGUCCUGAAUAACCUGGAUGUCAGUACCGAGUACACGGAGCGGCUUGUAGCCGACUUGCGGCAAGAUGUUGCUGCGGGGAUUUGGGCCAAUGAGAAAAAGGACAUGGAGGCUGCAACCAAAGCCUUGGACAAUUUGGCCGCGAUCUCCAAGAAAUUUCAGAAUCUGCUGCAGAGCCGUAUGGAGCAGUUGAUGGCACAGAUGCUAAAGCCGCGUGUUCGGCCACUUUUCCAGGAUGCUUAUCGCGAAGUGAAAUAUGUGCUGGAUGAAGAGGAAUAUAAUGAGGUGGAAGUGGAGGAAUUAUUUAUCAAACGAUUCCGUCAAGGAUUCAAUACGCUCAUUUUGCUGUAUCACCGAACAUUGACCGAGAACAACUUUCGAUUACUACUGAGUCUUUUACUGGACGUUGUCAGUGUUCAAUGGGAAAAGAUUGUGCUUCAAACUCGGUUCAACCAAUACGGAGCGCUUCGAUUCGACAAAGAUCUGCGUACUGCCAUUCACUUUCUGUCGGGACUCACCGAUUGGUUAUACCGCGAUCGGUUUACACGACUUUCACAAAUGGCCACUCUACUAAAUUUUGAAGAGCCUUCCGAGAUUUAUGAAUGUUGGGGAGCGAAAGCAGGACCGGUAAGCUGGCGUCUUACGGUCACUGAAGUCAAGAAAGUACUAGCUCUCAGGUACGUCUUCUUUUCCCUUUCUGUGCAACGCUUUACAUUUGACUCAUAUUCCUCAUAG